GCCAAAGUUAUUUUUAUUAUCCAAGAUGAUAAUUCAGUCUUUCCAGCUCCACGAAGCCGGAAUGCUCCGCCCCAUCGCCACCGCCCCUUUGGCGUCUCCCCAUCCCAUCAAAUUCAGCUCCCUCCACCGCCUAACCCUCCACAAUCCCCUCAUACCAAAUCACCAAAUCCUAAAGAAACGAUUCACCCCAUCAACACCAACCCUCACAAAAUUCAGCACCACUUGUCACCUCUCCGCACAAUUCGACGAAUUCUCCGGUAGCGACUGGGAAUUCGGCGACGAAGAAAUCAUAGAUGCCGCCGAAGACGACGAGGGCUGCCCGUGGGAAGGCGCGGUUAUGUACAGAAGAAACGGCGCCGUAUCGCAUUUGGAGUACGGCACCACUCUUGAGAGCUUGGGCUUAGCAAAGGUCUCUUCGGGCCUGUCCAAAACUCGGGCUUUCGAAAUGGGCUUGCGGCUGGUGAAGCCCGUGGCGGAUUUCCCGGACGGGACGCCGGUUUUGAUCUCGGCGGAUGUGACAAGGAGGAAGCAGAAGCUGAGGCUGGAUGGAAUCGUCCGGACCGUCAUUGCUCUCAAUUGUAAUAGGUGUGGCGAGCCAGCUGCUCAGAGCGUCUACUCAAACUUCACGCUUCUACUGUGUGAAGAGCCCAUAGCCGAACCGGAGACCAUAAACAUGGGUAUGAUAUUCGGGGAAGAGAAGUUCAACACUUUCGAAACAGGGGAUGAUGAUGAUGCCUCUGUCGACAUAGACGAUCAGCUGCAUUUUCCUCCAGAAGAGAAAGUCAUCGACAUCUCAAAGAACAUACGAGACCUCAUACACAUUGAGAUCACCAUUAGCGCCGUCUGCGAUCCUAACUGCAGAGGUUUGUGCCUGAAAUGUGGAGCCAAUCUCAACAACAGCAAGUGCACAUGUAGGCAGCAGAAGGCUGAGGAGAAAGCUCAUGGACCCCUUGGAAAUUUAAGAAAACAAAUGCAGCAAACAUGAUAUUGGCAUUUGUCUUCUUCUCUUUGAUGUUUAGUGACAUUAUUAUUUGAAUAUAAAUUGAAGUUUAUAUGAGCAUAUUCUUAUGGAACAGCUAGUAACAUGAUAUCAGUAAAUUUGUUCUGUUAUAAUU